AUGAAAAAUAAAGAAGACGAAUUGGAAAAAUUCAGAGCACCAGUUGUCAAGAACAUCAAACCAGUUGGUUUAAAUAGAAUUAAAACAGAGUAUGAAAUAAUGAUAUCGUUGUAUAAGCAACCAUCCCAGUUUAAAACACUACUCAGAAGAAUAUUAAAUUGCAGUGAUGUUCUCGUGGCUGAACAUGGUCAAGAACUUCUUGAAAAGCUCCUAAACAUCAUGAUUGGUGGUUGUUGCGAAGACAAACUCUUUUAUAAGGCUGUUAAGAAGUUGUCACAGAAUGUUGAAGAAAAUACACUCAGAAAAACAUACAGGACAUACGCAAUGUGCAUGCUUCAGAAAUGGCAAUGCGAUUACAAAUUUGCAUUCUUUGUAAAGAAUAGGUUCAACGGUAUAUUCAAUAAUGAUUCAGAGACACUAAAGAGAAUUCUGAAAAACAAAGGCGUUUUAGGUCGCCUGUUAAACACCCCAUGA